AUGGCGCCCGCUAAAUCCAAAGCCCAGAAGAUGUCCGUCGGGGCCUUCUUGGCGGAUGAGAAUUUUGGCUCUUGGGCCGAUGAGAUGGAUGACCUUCCUCUUCCAACAUCUAGCGAGUCCCGCACAGGCUACGGUGGCGAACGUCGUACUUAUGGUGGUGCGCCGGCGUCAUUUGGACAUGAACGUGAUGAGCGUGGGUACUCGAUUCGAGAGGAACUUCCCCUCCCUACCCAACCCCCUUAUACUGCACAUAUUGGAAACAUGUCUUUUGAUGCUACCCAAGCCGAUAUCGCCGAACUAUUCGCAUCAUGCGAAGUGACCAACGUUCGCAUCGUGGAAGACAAGUUGACUCGGGCCCCAAAAGGAUUUGGCUAUGUUGAAUUUGCCACUCUCGAUGGGCUUAAGAAAGCACUCACGUUCCAAGGAACUUCCCUCCAAGGGAGAAAUAUUAGAGUCAGCGUUGCAGAACCUCCCAAGGACCGUCAUGAGUCCAGAGACCUGAGCGACUGGUCUCGAAAAGGCCCACUGCCUGACCUUCCCCAACGAAGGGGCUCGGAUCGUCCAGGGUAUGCAUCCCGAGGCUUUGACGCAAUGUCUGAUGCCGGAAGUGAACGCGCUGGCCGCCGCCCAUACGAACCUGCAGAUGGCAAAAUCAGGGAUUUCUCUUCCUGGGAACGUAAAGGUCCUCUCCCACCAGCCCCACCAGCUGGCAGAGAAGGCGGUCGUCCCCGAAGCAAAGAAGGUCCACAGAUCCGCCGAGCGUCCCCUGCAUGGGGUGAAGGUCGCUCACAAGAUGGCUCAAGGCCUCCUCGGCGUGAAUUCCAGGAACGUCCACCCCCAGAAAGAGCUCCUACGGCUCCCGAACUCGACAACCAGUGGAGAGCGCGUAUGCGACCCGACCAACCUGCACAGCCUCCAGCCCCAACCCCAGCCCCAGCUGCUGUACAAGCCUCUCCAGCCUCCCCCGUUGCUCCAACAGGGCCGGCUCUGGCUAUGAGACCGAAGCUCAAUCUUCAAAAGAGAACGGUUCCUGACAGUGAAGUAAAGUCUCCAUCUACUGGUGAGCCUAAAUCCAGCAUUUUCGGCGGCGCUCGCCCGAUUGAUACAGCCGCCAAAGAAAAAGAAAUUGAAGAGAGGCGGCUGCAGAAGAAGAAGGAAAGCGAAGAAAAGGCUAAAGCCGAGAAAGAAGAACAGGAGAGAAUUGCUAAGGAGCAGGAGUUGGCUAAACAAAAAGCAAAGGAAGCAGCUGCUGCCGCCAGUGCCGCAAACGCCGAUGGCCCGAAGGAGGGUGCUUCUGAUGUGGCCCAAGGUGCAAAUUUUGAAAUUCUUCAGCGAAUGGAAGAGAACGGAAAUGGGGAGGUUGCAGGCGCUACUCAAGAGGGCGCUCCGACUCCCACAGAAGAAAAGCCCCAGGCUCCUAAGGAUGUGACGCGGCCACAGCCUGCCAGUAGAGCAAACAGCAACUGGAGAACAGGCGGAGGCAGACGCGGUUCAGGGCAUGGCCAGCAGGGCCCCCGAGGUCGCGGCGCACCCAAGGCAGCACCACAGCAGCCAAGCACUCCUGUCGAGGACGAGGAAGGCUGGAGCACUGUCGGUUCGAAAACCCGAGGCGGUCGCCGUGGAGGUUAUCGCAAUGCCGCUUAA